CUCGCUCCUCGAAGCGCUUAUCAAGUUCUGUUUAACUCUCAGUGAACAAGAACUAGAUAUUUCACCUUGAAAAACCCUCGCAUCUUCCCCAAAAAUCAAAACUAGGGUUUUAGUAAAUAUUUUUGAACCCAAUUAAAACCCUUUUCAUUCAUGCCUCUCCUCCAAUCUUCACCAACUCCAAAUCUCUAUCUCCCAUUCUACAAAAAGCACCUAUCUUAUUAUCAUCCUAAACACUUCACAAUCGUUUCCACUAGACAUCAAUCAAAAUUCCCAAGAACCACAAUCUCAUUUUCUCAAAACCCUAAAAGCCUUCCAACUGAAAUUGAAAUUCUUGAAUCCAUUGCUGAACUUAAUGGAGAGAAAGAGACAAAGAAUCUUCCUGGUGUAAGAACAUAUGAGAAUGAUUUAGCUCGGCUUACUUUAAUUGGAGACGUUUCUUUUGAACAAGCUUUAACUGCUGCUUCUGCUGAUGGAAGUGAAGCUGCAAAUCAACACAUUUUGUCUGGUCUUUCUACUAUGGUUGUUGAGACAAUCUUUCCUGGUUCUUCUGAUGAACACAGUACAGUUGCAACUAGAUUGUUUUUGCCGUCGAGAAAGGUCAAGGAGAAGGCUAGGAAGCUAAGAAAUACACUCCCCCCAGAAAUGUUGUCUGGCUCAACAUCUAAAAAUAUACUUGCGAUGACAUUUAGACAAGUAGUCUGUCAAAGUAUUUGGAGUUUUCAAUUGGCAACGUUUAGUCCAGGAACCAAAAGGAAUAUGGAUGAUCUUGAAAACCAAAGAGAGAUCCCAACACUCUUUACUAUAACCUCAUCAGGAGGGGAUUGUGUACUUUCUUUGCUUGCAGAAGUUGUUUGUGCAGCUGUUCUUGAAAGUACUGAAAAGGAUUUCCACCAAAAUGCUCAUGGUACAACUUCAAGAAAUAUUUACCGUUGGUUUCAAAAGUCUAGAAGGAUUGCGUCGAAGGACGGUUCAAUUUUAUUAUAUGAAAUACAUCAGGAUCAGAUACUUCAAAAUGCAAAGGCAUAUUUAAAGAAUUUCGAGGGAAGGAAAGAUUACGGUUCUAGGAACAUGAAAGGUAAACGUUGGUGGACACCAUCUACUUACUCAAAACUGGAAAAAAUAGGCGGCACUGAAUUCAGUAAUUGGGCAAGCGAGUAUGUACCUGCUUACAGGCUUCAAAUUGACACUGACAAACUCAAGGACGUGAAGCUUGACGGUUGGAGGAAAUCUGAAGAGAAUAGGUGGGAAGUACUUCUGACCCACUCCCAAAUGGUUGGACUGACGGAGAUUCUAGAUAUGUACUACGAAGAUGUUUACACUCUUCCUGAUAAACAGCUAUCUUCCGGGCUGGUGGCAGAUUAUACAAACUUACCGAAGAAUAAGAGAAGCACUUCUUUCCUGAAAAUGCUAUCUUUCGGCAUUGCUGGUGGAGUAUUUGUGAUUUUGGUCAAUAUAUUAUCUCGUCUAUAUUGGCCCAACCUCAGAAAGGCCCAAAUGUCCCCAACAAUGAGUUCUUCAAUUUCAUUGUCUGAAACAAGUUAUUACCAGCAUCAGUCUUUGGAAGCAGCCAAGGUAGAAGAGCUGUGUAUCUCAGUUGUGAAAAAAAUUAAGGAUUCAGUUGGUUGGCCAGGGGAUAUAGUAACUGACAAAGUUGUCGGUGCCUGGAGUGGGGAACUUCCGAUUUACUUGAUGAGGUUGUACAAUGUGGGUAUUGGUCAUGAAACUGUUUCCUGCAAUGAAAAAGAUAUCAAAAAACUGCUUAAUGCAGAGACACCAGUUGUUUCCUGCAAUGUGGAAGGUCCUAAAGAAACAAUUGCAGAGGUGUCUUUGGACGUAUCUACUUCUGUUGCAUCUGUCUCUGGUAAAAGCAAUAACAACCUUGAAACAAAAUCUGUACAGAAUGUAGUUAGUUCCAAAGUUGUUUCCUCCAGCGGAGAAGAUACCGAAGAACAGCCAAUUGCAGAGGCACCUGUGGAUUUAUCUGCUUCUGCUUCAUCUCUCUCCAAUAAAAGUGAUGACGACCUUGAAGCAAAAUCUGCAGAGAACAUAGCUAGCUAUCAGGUGGUUUUGUCAAAAGAUGGGGAUACAAUCGGGUUUCAGCCUACAAGCCGUGUUGCUGUUAAUCACUGGGCAAGUAAUCCCUUGGCAAAGGAGCUCUAUAAAGGGAAAAAGAUUUCUCCUGGUCUUAUUGAACCUGGUCUCAAAAUUCCUCUUCCACGCGAGCUCGUUCAACUAGAAUUACUGAUGUCAGUGAACUCAGAAUCUUGGUUUGUAUUGGCUAGGCCAAUUCAAUAAUCAUUGCGGCCAAGACCCGCAGCUAGUGAAACCUUUCAAAUCUUGACUUUGAAGGAUUUAUAGAUUUGCAAUGAACUGGGAAGAACUUGUAAAAUACGAGUCAAAGUCCACUACUUUUGGUAGACGAGGAGAACCGAAAUGAAUAGAUAAUGAGGGCAUCGAGUUAAACGUGUAGGAAGCAGGAACUAUUGGGGUCAAAUUGGAUGGGGACGUGUCAGUUCAUGCUUACCACUGGCAAAAUUGAACCUUUCUAGGAAUCUAGGAUAUGCGUUUUCAGCAUUUCAUGAAUUUGUUUCUGCCACUUCCCUUUUCUUUUUUGUUGCCAAACACGUCAAUUAAUCUGAAGGUAAUUACUGCAACUUGCAGUUUACAUUGUGUAUGAGAUCUUUCAUAUUUGUUGGCGAAAAUUACAGUCCAAUGUUACCAGGAAUUAUAAUUAUUCUCAGCGAUCAGUGGCGUUGAUAAUACUUUUGCAUUUACCGAGAGAAAUGGUACCACUAAUAAUAUAAAAAAGAGUGAAAGGCGGCAUAUACUUGAUGUAUCAAC